AUGGUUGUGCUUACUUACACUUCUAUACACAGCACAUUUAAGUUUGGGUUUUGUCGUCAAGACGCUACGGCAAGGGUAUUUUUACGUAAACAAUCAUUAAUCCACUUCCCAACGUGGCAGUCGACACAAGCCGAUUAUGUGUAUCUAAUUGAAAGAAAACACUCCCAACGUUUUCGGCUACAAUGUAUCGUUUUAAGAAUCAUGGUGCCGUUGAAGUACUUGUUCAGAAGGAGUCGCCUCCCCAUGUACUACUGUCAAGGGAAAGCCUACUACGUGAUGUUCAAUUUCGUCCAAGUCUUGGAAGUACACGAGUUCUUCCUUCACUACUCUUUGAAUAUGCCUGCCGAUUUCUACUUCGAGUUCUACCACCCACAAGCAUUGUAGUUUUAUGUGUAAUAAACUAUAAUAUUUGAGCGAAAUAAAAGUACCAAGUCACCAAAA